UUACAAAUGUAUCUUGUGGAAUCUAAAGUAAAAAGAGUUCUAUUCUUAAAUAUUGUGAUAAAAUGAAUGCCAAUAAAAAGAAAAAUAUUGAUGUUCUUUUGGCCCGUGCAGUUUAUGCUACAGCAGCUCCAUUAAAUUUAGAGGAUAACUCUUAUUGGAUAGAAUUUUUCAAAGCACUUCGUCCAGCAUAUAAACCGCCUACUAGACAUUUGGUUUCAAAUAAACUUCUAGACGAUGAAUUCUCUAAAGUUAAAGAGCAUACCACAAAUUGUAUUGCUGAUUCGGAUGCACUUGGUAUUAUGUGUGAUGGCUGGACUAACAUUUGGAAUGAAAGUAUUAUACAUUUUGUAGUUACAACUCCUAAACCAAUAUUUUAUAAAUCAUUACCUACUGGUGUUGAUCGCCAUACAGGGGAACAUAUAGAAGAAUAGAUUAUUUCUGUAAUUGAAGAUAUUGGUCCACGUAAAGUAUUUGGUGUGUUUACAGACAAUGCAAAGAACAUGAAAAAGGCUUGGAAUCUUAUAACUGAAAAGUACCCUCACAUAACUUCAUAUGGAUGUGUUGCACGUGGCCUAAAUUUACUGAUAAAUUAUAUAAUUAAAAUGAAUUCAUUAAAAGAUAUUAUUAAUGAUGGAAAAGAUAUAGUUAAUAAUAUAAAAAGGGGACACAUAACUAGUGCAGCAUUUCUGAAUAAGAGAAAUGCAAAUAGUUCCACUUCUAUGGCACUUUCGUUACCAGUUGUUACUAGAUGGGGAUCCGUAGUAGUUUUUUUUAAAUCACUAUUAGUUAAUUAACAAAUUAUCCGCUCAAUGAAUGUUGAUGAAAUUGUUGAAAAAGACCUGAAGCCAAAUGUAAAGAAAACUAUAAGCAGCUCAAAUUUCUGGAAAAAAGUUGAAUUUUUCUAUAGUCUAAUGAAUCCAGUAGCAAAAUGGAUUACAAAAAUUGAAAGUGAUACACCGCAACUAAGUAUUGUGCCUAUAAUAUUUAUGGAAUUAAAAAUAUCAUUUGAAGAGACAUUUAAAAAUAAUGACAUUUUAAGAUAUGAAGAAAAACAUAAUAUUAUGGAAGCUAUUGAUCAAAGAAAAGAAUUUUGUCAAUCUAAAAUCCAUAAAGCUGCAAACUUACUUGACCCAAAAUAUUUUGGUAAAUUGUUUGAUUCAAAAGACCACAAUGAAGCAAUAGAAUUUAUUUAUCAGUUAUCUAAACACAUGGAUAAUAUAGAAAUCGAUGCAAGAAAGGUAAUUUCUGAUUUUGCCAACUUCAAAAACAAAUACGGACCAUUCUCAAAAACCAAUGAAUAUCUUUGGGUUGCUGCAGAAGAGACAGAGGCAUUACAUUGGUGGACAGCAUUUUGUAAUCAUACAGAACUUGGUAAAAUAGCCAUAAAAAUAUUAUCUUUGCCUGCAACUUCAGCUGCUGUAGAACGUACUUUUAGUACAUAUAAAGAUGUUCACAGUUCAAAAAGAAAUAGACUUUUAAAUGAAAGAGCCGCUAAACUGGUGUUCAUUAAACAUAAUUUGCAGAUUUUAAAAGGCACAUCGAAAAAUAGCACUAAAUCUACAUCAGACUGUGAUACUGAUGCACCAUUGUCCACAUUAACGAGUCAAAAUGAAAGCACAACAAAUACUAUUAUAUCUACAAAUGAUGAUAUUGAAAUAUCUCAAGGAGCUGAAGAUGAUAUUGAAAUAUAUCAUGAAACUGAUGAUGAGUAUAAUUUGGAUGAUGAUGAUAAUUUAUUUUUUCAAGUUUCAACGAUGAAACAUUAAAAUUUAACAUUUAAUAAUUAUUAAG